UACUCGCUCUUAAAUGUUUUCUACCCUUUGAGUUUGACAUCGAGAGCAGAGUACGUGACAUUGCAGAAAAGCCAGAGAAAUUCCAGUCAAAUUUCAAGCCAGAGUUUUUUUCCCCCAGUAUUCUAAUCGGAAGUCUUGAAAGUUUCCGAUUACAGAUCCACUUUUUAGGGUGAUCACGUACUAAUCAAGCUUCAGCAGAUGUACUUGUGAUUUCUGCUUUGCAACAUAUGCUCUGCAUUAUACGCCACACCACUCUGCCAGUAGUAGUGUUUCUCACUCCAGUCAUCCCUCCUUCCCUCCCUCUGUUGUCCCUUUCUCUGCUUCUCUCUCACUCUGUCUGAGAGUUUUUGUGUUCCCAAACGCAUGUUAUCUCUAAGCUUCCCUUGCGACAUUUGAGAUGGGUUCUUCAAGGAACCACCAUUAGAAGUUAUAACAAGCUUUUCAUCUAGGGCUCAAUGCAUGUGGAGCCGUGUUUCAGAGCUCAACAAUGGUGGCUGCUGAGAAGAAAAGGCUUGGAUUGGCGCUAUUUCUCUGUAUUGUUACACUUGCUUUUAGCGUGACAGACCCCGGCGACCUUGCUAUACUCAACCAGUUCAGAGAUGGGUUGAAGAAUCCUCAGCUGUUGAAUUGGCCUGCUAACGGCAACGACCCAUGCGGUACUCCAAAUUGGCCGCACGUAUUUUGUUCCGGCAACAGAGUUUCGCAAAUUCAAGUUAGGGGCUUAGGCUUGAAGGGUACCUUACCCCAAAAUUUCAAUCAGCUGUCCAAGCUGUCAAAUUUAGGCCUACAGCAGAACGAAUUCAGUGGAAAGUUGCCGUCUUUCAGCGGGUUGUCCGAGUUGAGAUACGCGUAUUUGGAUUUCAACCAGUUUGACACUAUUCCUUCUGAUUUCUUCAAUGGGCUCGUGAGUUUACAAGUGAUGGCAUUGGACUAUAAUCCUCUUAAUGCCUCAACUGGCUGGUCACUGCCUUCUGACUUGCAAAGUUCAGCUCAAUUGACUAAUCUUACUUUGAUGAGCUGUAAUUUGGCUGGUCCUUUGCCUGAAUUCUUGGGAAGUAUGUCGUCCUUACAGGUGUUGAGACUGUCUCAAAAUCGGAUUACUGGCGGUAUUCCGGCUAGUUUCAAGGACUCUACCCUGAAGGUUCUUUGGCUAAAUCAACAGUCUGGCGAGGGGAUGACGGGUCCAAUUGAUAUAGUUGCAACAAUGGGAUCACUUGUUAGUCUGUGGCUUCAUGGGAACCAUUUUUCAGGUAAAAUUCCCAAGGACAUCAACAAUUUAACUUAUUUGCAAGAUCUCAAUCUCAAUACUAAUGAUCUUGUUGGAUUAGUUCCUGAUAGCUUGGCAAGUAUGCCACUCAAUAAUCUGGAUUUGAAUAAUAAUCAUUUCAUGGGUCCAAUUCCAAAGUUCAAAGCUGUUAAUGCUAGUUAUUCAGCCAAUCCAUUUUGCCAAACAAGUGCGGGCGUUUCCUGUGCUCCUGAAGUCAUGGCACUCUUAGAAUUUCUCGAUGGGGUGAAUUACCCGCCUAGGCUUGUUCAAUUGUGGUCAGGAAAUAACCCAUGUGAAGGGCCAUGGUUGGGAUUGAGCUGCAAUUUCGAUAAAAAGGUCGAUGUCUUGAAUUUGGCCAAGUCCAACCUUUCUGGAAACUUGAGUCCUUCAAUUGCAAGUCUUGAUUCUCUCACUCAUAUAUAUCUGGGGUCGAAUAAUCUUUCAGGAGAAAUUCCUUCAAAUUGGACUGAACUAAAAGCCUUGAUGUUGUUGGAUUUGAGUAACAACCAUCUUUCCCCUCCUUGGCCAAACUUUAGUACCACUGUACACCUUAACCUGAAGGGAAAUUUACCGCUAAGUCCUAGUCCUUCAAGUAGUACCCCAUCGCCAGAAGGUUCGCAAACCUCAAUUCCCUCUUCUCCAUCAACAAAAGGAUCAAAUUCUAGUUCUAGUAACCCUGCCAAAAAUUCUAACCAAGGAGGACAUCCGAGUGAGUCCAAGUUAGUUGCAGUCUUAGCCCCUGUUGCAACUUUUGCACUUGUGGUCUGUUUGGUUGUGCCCCUACUUCUUUGUUACUGUAAAAAGAGAAAAGAUACAUGCCAAGCUCCUAGUUCUAUUGUAAUUCAUCCAAGAGAUUCAUCCGAUCCCGACAAUUUGGUGAAGAUUGCCGUUGCAGACAAUACCAAUAGAAGCGUUUCUACAUUGACAGGAAGUGGUUCUGCCAGUAGGAACAGUGGCGAUUCUCAUACUAUCGAGGCUGGAAACUUAACCAUAUCGGUCCAAGUUCUUCGAAACGUGACAAAAAAUUUUGCUCCAGAAAAUGAACUUGGGCGUGGUGGCUUUGGAGUAGUUUACAAAGGAGAGUUGGAUGAUGGAACAAAGAUUGCAGUUAAGAGAAUGGAAGCUGGAGUACUUAGUAGCAAGGCUCUGGAUGAAUUUCAAGCCGAGAUUGCCGUCCUUUCUAAGGUCCGUCAUCGGCAUUUGGUGUCACUUUUGGGAUAUUCUAUUGAAGGAAAUGAAAGAAUUUUGGUAUACGAGUAUAUGCCCGAAGGGGCUCUCAGCAAGCAUCUUUUCCACUGGAAGAGCUUGAAAUUAGAACCUUUAUCAUGGAAAAGAAGGCUAAAUAUUGCGUUAGAUGUUGCUAGAGGAAUGGAAUAUCUUCACAGUCUAGCUCAUCAGAGCUUCAUACAUAGAGAUCUUAAAUCUUCAAAUAUCCUGCUCGGUGAUGACUUUAGAGCAAAAGUAUCUGAUUUUGGAUUGGUGAAACUCGCACCUGAUGGAGAGAAGUCUGUGGUGACUAGGCUAGCUGGAACUUUUGGAUAUCUAGCGCCUGAGUAUGCUGUGACCGGCAAAAUCACGACAAAAGCGGAUGUCUUCAGCUAUGGGGUCGUGCUAAUGGAGUUGCUAACGGGAUUGGUGGCACUUGAUGAGGACAGACCUGAGGAAAGCCAGUACUUGGCUGCAUGGUUCUGGCAUAUCAAGUCUAGUGAAGAGAAGCUAAUGGCAGCCAUUGACCCUGCUCUAGAUAUGAAAGAGGAAAAAUUCGAGAGCAUCUCAAUUAUCGCUGAACUUGCUGGUCAUUGUACCGCUAGAGAGCCGAACCAGCGUCCUGAUAUGGGCCAUGUUGUAAAUGUCCUGGCUUCUCUUGUUGAGAAAUGGAAACCACUUGAUGAUGAUACAGAGGAAUACUGUGGAAUUGAUUACAGUCUUCCUCUGAAUCAAAUGGUUAAGGGGUGGCAAGAGGCUGAAGGAAAGGAUCUCAGUUAUUUGGACGUGGAGGACAGCAAGGGUAGCAUACCAUCAAGGCCUGGUGGAUUUGCCGAGUCUUUUACUUCAGCUGAUGGCAGGUAGUUGCUUUUUGUUCUAAAUAUUUGUUUGAUAGAUGUAGAUAGUACUAUGUUUUACUACUCCUGUUAAUUCUGUGUAACGAAUUAUGUAACUCUACAGUUCCCCUUUUGUGAGAUGUUGAUAUACAGAAUUGAAGUAGAAUUAGUUAUCUUUCCAGUUUA